GGUCAGGUUACUUGGCACCUCUCCACCCCUCCCUCCAUCUGCUUGGUGCCGCUUUUGUGCCAUUCUCCCAGCCCUGCCCACCUGCUCCGAAAGCCAGGAGAGAACCUGGGCUAUAGCUCGCCGCCCAUCUCCUCCAGACGGGUGGGGAGAUGCGCAGCUGGGCGGGUGUCUAACUCACCCGGCUGCCCUGAGGGCAGGGUGGAGGAGGGAGCGGGACCUGUUAAUGAUUGAUCAGCAUUGGAGAUGCAAAGGGUCCUCGGUUCUGGGGUCGAACUGCAGAUCCAGUGGGCCACGGUGGAUUAGAAUUAAGCCUUCUGCGUAUCAGGGCUCGGCAUCAGGAUGGAAACAUCUUCCUGAAACUCUCUAUCUUGCCCCACUGAAAGGAAUUUGUGGCAGCUCAGCAACCAUCCUCCUUUCUUCCCACCUUGGAAUCUAACCGUGACCGACAAAGGCUUCUGACAGGAUUGGCCGGACCCGCUCCCAGGAGGGGCGGUCGUGCACCCCCCGCGGAUACCCAGGCUUUGUCCAGACGCUCAGGCAUCCCCAAGACGCCCGCGGGGAUUGUGAAGUGAGGGGGAGCCGGAGAUGCAGGGGGACAGCGUGGCCCGGAGCUUCGGCUCGGCUCUUCUGAAGCCUUGGAUGCUCUCCGUGCGCCAGGGGGAGCCGGCGGCCGGCUGCAGCUUCUGCACAGCCUCCGUGGAGAAACGGAUCAGGGCCAAGCAGGCCUGCCGGCUGCACGAGCGGAUCCUGGACUCCCUGUCCCACUUCCAGGACUGGCUGCGGGGGGCGGAGCUGUGGGCCACCUCCCCCGCUUCCUCCCAGGUGCCCUUCGCUGUGGCCAAGGAGGAGCUCAAAAAGUUCGAGGUGCUGCAAAGGCAGAUCCAGGAGAAGUUGCACCAUCUGGAGUCCUUAAACAGGCAGUACCGGCAGCUGGUUCAGGCUAACAGCAUCAGUUUGCAGGGCCGGCUCAGGGCCGCGGUCCAGGAGAGCAACCAGCGCUGGGACAACCUCCAGAAACGAGCUGCUGCCAUUCUCAAAAGACUGAAGUAUUUUGUCGGCCAGCGGGAGGAGUUUGAGUGGGAGCGGGAGACCGUGCAGGUGUGGCUGAUGGAGCUGGAUCUGCGGCUCACCGAUGUGGAACAUUUCUCUGGGGGCAGCUCGCUUGAGAAAAUGAUGGAGCUGCAGGAGUUCCAGGAGGCCGUGCAAUCCAACGCGGAGCGGCUCGACUGGCUGCUGGUGUCCGGCGAGCGGCUGAUCCAGAGGAGCGAGCCGCAGGACGCCGAGAUCCUGGAGGAGGAGCUGCAGGAGUUGAGCUGCUACUGCCAGGAGGUCUUCUGGCGGGUGUCCCGCUUCCGCCGCCGGCUGGUCAGCAUGAGGCUGGUCUUUGAGGACAAGUGGCUGUCAGACCGAGAGACCGAAGUGGAGUCUGACUGCUUCACAGAUGCAUCACUGAAGCCUGAGGUCGAGGGAGAAGCCAGGGGACCCCAUCCCGCUGCUUGGAUCUACCAGUCCACCCCGCACAAGGCUCUCUGCUGCCGGCGCUGCCAUCCGUUCGGGGCUGCCUGGAAGGACAGCCUGGACCUGGAGUGGGACCCCUCGGUGGACGUGGGUGGGUCCACGUCUCAUGAUGAAGAGGGUUCAUCUUACUGCAGCGCCAUCACAGGUGUGGGCCAGUGGGAGGAGUCGGGCCGGAGGUGCAGCUGCCAGCCGAACAUGCCCGCCAGCUGGCCAGCCGGAUGUGGGAGAGGCGCCAGCCACGAGGACCCGAAUGUGCAGCUGGGCUCCCAGGACAGGCCUUGUCUCUCCCUGGCGACCAGAAAGAAGGUGGAAAUUGCCUGGGGCGGUUCUGGGAAUGGCCCUCGGCAGGGCAGCCAGCAUCCCCAGGGCCUGGCACUGGGGAAUGAAGCCUGCCGCCAGACAGAGAUGGUGGGCUUUGACCCCAAGCGGAUUGAAAGCUGGCUGGACCAGACCUGUGUGGAGCAGGGCAAGCCGGAAGUGAUGGAGCCCUGCGAGAGGAAUCAGGCUGGUCUCGGCUCUGAGGACGUGGCAGUCUUCAUUGAGAAGGGGGCUAUGUCGCAGCCCACGGCUUUCUUGGAUCAAUCUCGCCCAGGCCCCAGGAUCCUGGUCAGAAUGAAGAGGUUGCUGCUCUCUGUGGCUGGGCUGCUCCUGCUCCUCCUGGCCAGCACCUCCUUUCUCUCCCUUGCUGAAAUGCCCUGUUACACCCGGUCCUUCCAUUUCAUGCUGAAGUACGUCAACGGGCCACCUCCUACGUAGGUGUGGUGGGAAAAUGCCCACGGGGUCCCCAAUGGUGGGGGCAGCUCCAAGCGCGGAGGGGUCACUUCCCACCCUUCAGUGCUACCCUCGGGUGGCUUUUCCUUGGGCAUCUGCUGUGCCACCUACUUCUGAGGAAGGUACCAACCUCUCGCCAUGCCCACAUCUGCAAGGAGCCUGCCCGUGAAGGAAACACCUUUUGGAUCCUUCUGGGGACUUUGGAAGAAGCUCAUCAGUAGCGCCAGAGCCCCCCAGAGCUGACCCCCACAAACCCAGAAGCUUAUGGCUGGAAGGAACCUCAAGAAAUCAGCUGGUUCCACCACUGCACCGACCAAGGACCUAGGGUGACCAGAGAGCAAAUGUGAAAAAUCGGGAUGGGAUGGGAUGGGAUGGCUAUGCCACUGGCGAAGGCGUUGUAACUGGUACUGCUGCAGUCCUGGGGGUGGGUACCGUUAUAACUGGUACCAUUGGAUCCAUGCGGGAGGAUGAAUGGAUGUGGUAAUUGGUGCCAUGCUAGUCACCCAACAUGGUGCCAUGGCUACCAUUGGAGCUCUGUAGCCAGGGACCAGCCACCCCCUGCCACAAAGAGUUGGCAGUCAAACCAUGCCCAUGUCCCAUGCCUUUAUUGGGGGGCAGAUGCUGGUAGAAAGGAUGGCUCAGGGGUGAGGGUGCCAUUCUUGGACUUUGCAGACAGAGGCAUGUGAGUGAGUCAUUUAGCCUUGCCGUGCCUCAGUUUCCGCCCUCUGCAGUUGUGAGGCUAACUGCAUUAGCGGGUGGGAGGGGGUCAGAUAUUGCAGUGAGGGGGGCUGUGCGAGUCCUUUGGUAGACAGACAGCACUUGUUCUAGCGAGGUGGGGGGCGUGCUAUGAACACAGGCCUUGUGCCUUUGAGAAAUACUCAUGCUUCCCUGGGUUGGUGCAGCUUCUCCCUUGCCUCGUUGUGGGUCUCUUUCUAGGUGCUCCCCGCCUGCUGGACACAGCCACCCCCUUGUACCUAGCUCAUGCCAUGCUCCCGAUCCCUCCCCAUGGGCCCUGGGGGGCAGAGAACAGCCACACUGCACCACCAAUGUGUGGGGUCUGGGAGCACAGCCUGGGUAGGUGCCCUAGAUGGCGGGGAGUCUCUAGGGGUCCUUUCCACCCUGUUUAAGGCCCCUGUGCCCUGCCAGGUUGGCACAGAGAGAGGGAGCUGUGUCUGACAAGGGAAUCGGCCUCUGUCUUUAUGGGUCCAUCCUCUGGGAGCCGGGCUAUAGCCCACAUUUAUAUGGUUAACACGAGCCUCCACAAUAAAAAUACACACCUGGGAAACAAA